AUGGGCCACGGAAAGGUGACACGGCUCAUGGGCCCGCUGCGGGCCUUGGGCUGUGUUGAUGCCCUCCUCUUUGCUGCAGACCAGUUUGAGCCGGACUACGCCGCCGCCGCCCGUCGGGCCGGUCGCUCCGCAGGCGUCGCCGAUCACCCAACCGAGCAAGCCGCACGCUCUGCAGCCCGCUCUGCUGCUGCUGCUGGAAAAGACUCCAUCGAUGCGCGCUUCAAUUCAACGGUUCUCGUCGAGGCUACUGUGGCCUCGAUCAUCGCCAACAUGCCCUGGAUCCGCAAGGUCGUUGUCGUCACCCCGACCAAAGCUUCGUUUGGCCGGCUUGAGGCCCGUUUCGGCACACGAGUAGAGCUUGUGAGCCAUGCUGAGCUGAUUGAGGCGGUGUGCGACGCGCUGGCUCUGAUCGCGCCCGAUGCCGUGGCGAGCCUCGCAGCCAAGACUGCCUCUGCGGUGACAAGGCUGGCCGACUCGCCGCUCCCGCUUUUCAAUACCCAGCUGUUGGCGGCGUUUGGCGCAUACGUUCCGGAUCUUGCACCUCUCUCGCUUGUAUUUCGUCCAGGUAUGCUUGUGGCCAAGCCAAGCGGCCUCUCGCCGUGGUGGAGCCCGCGUUUCGGCCUCCGCCUCGACGUCGAGCCGCAUCUCAUCGUUGACGACGCAACUCUGGAAAACGCCGUGCUCUCUGCCAAGAUGCGCAGCUCACCAGAGCGAUCGAUUUGGCAUGUUUCGGACGAGCAUGUCUUGAACUCAGAGUGGGUCUCGAUGUACCACACCCGCGAGCUCCUCCGUGACCGAGCGAUUGUCGGAGCCCUCGCCGAUGCUGUGCCUGCUGCUGCCGCCGAGGCUCACGCCGCGCUGGUGGCCCAGAUGCGCAGCGCUGGCUCGCGGCAUCGGAGCCACUUCCACACCGAGGCGUUGUAUGGAGGCCGGUCACUGCUAGCGCCUCCAUCGCACACUCCAAUGCUGGUCGUCCGCCCGCUGGCACAGCACCUCAUCGAGAGCACCGGAACUGUCGCCGACUAUCUCAUCCGCAGCCUCUUGGCCCAUCCCUUUCCGGUCGGCGAGCAAAUCCACUGGCGAAUGUUCUACACCUACGGCGUCCUGGCUGCAUUUUCUCGCGAUGGUCUUGGUCCCGGUGCCGUUGGUGCUCGUACCGUCCGCGACGAGCUAUCCACGCUUCUGCUUGCCGAGCCGAGGCUAUCGCGGUCGUGGACAACGGGUGCUUGGGCCCCGUCAGCCGACGGGCACGACAUGUCGCUGGCUACAACCCUCUCGACUGUCAACGCAUACACUGCGCUUCCGUACGCUGCGCUUGGCCGUCCAUCACGUGCGAUCACACGCAAAGACGUUGAGCGCGCCGCAGCAAGUGCAUCGUAUGGCGCGACUCCAGUCGACGUCCUACUCGAUGUUGACGGUCUGCCCGAACUCGUCAGUGCUGCUGCAAGCUGGUGGCGCGAGAUCGGAAGAGACGCAGUGCUUCGGGAGCCUUUGGCCACAGCAAAGCCGCUUGCACUCCAGCAGAUGCCUGCCAGUAGCAAGGAGGCGGCUGCAACCACCCUGAAUGCGCUGCUUGCUGCGGUAGCCUCGCCCAACUACGUCGCAGCACAUCUUCGACAUCAGCACACGCUCGAGACCCAGCCGCCAUCUGAUCCACACCCGCUGUUUGUCACGCUCAACAUCGGGCACCACGGCUGGCGCAGUGCGUACCACCCACUCGCUCCGACCGACCUCGCUGUCGCUUUUUGCAAGCAGGUCGGGUUCCUGCUGUAG